AUGGAGACAGACCUUGCACCGCCUUGGCCCACAUCACCGUCGUCGACUUUGCCACCGGUCCUGCAGCUAGAGGCUGUGUCCGUAAACGCGCCGCCCCCAGGCGGCCGGAACGACACGCCUGGAGAUCCGCCUCCUUUCAUCCCGACCACAGUGUCUGCGUCCCAGGAUGCGAACUACAAUACGGCGACCGUAGAGCGCGCCGCUGCCGCCCUGUUGAAUGUUGGUAAUUCUGGGUGGGUGGGAACGGCGCCAGCGUGGCCCGCUGCCAGCGGCUGGGUCACUAAGCAUUACAAGCCGCCUGCAGCGCCCGCCUGCUAUCAGCAGGGGGAGCGCGGGGGCGUUCGCGAGAAACAGGGUGCGUGGCGGUCCCACAACAAGUACAGCCUGCUGGAGCGUCGCUCUUCAUUACCCGACGGCUCAAAUGCGUCGCCGGCCGGCGCCACCGCCGGAUGGCCGCCACCGCCGCCGCCGCCGCCGCCGACGCCGCCGACGCCGCGCCCGCCUGUCCGCGGCCGGAAGGACGGCGUCGCCCCCGGCUUCGAAAUAACGAGCGCGCAUUGUGGGACGCAGCGGCUGUCAAAGCUGCCACGGCCGCUGACGGUAUUGUGCCGGGCGGCGCGCGCUGCACCCCGAGUCCAGCCGGCGCUGUCUCCGCCCCCUGCUAAUUAUGCCACCUGA